AUCAGUUACCUGUUAAUCUAUUUGCUUCAAGGUUUGAGUGUGUGCUGCUUGAGAGUGUAAUGACUCCAUGCGUAUUUCGUAUCCUGUGUGUUUCCCUAAUUCUGUUGACUAAUGUAAUCUCACCUCAAGCGCCUGCGAAACGGAAAUGUGCCGACACUCUGUGUAAAGGCCCAAUCGGGGAGUUCGAAACGACGAGUGCUUUUAGCGCUGCUGGAGGGGAUCGUAUAACGUUUCCAAAGGGAGUGACGGGGUCUUUCUACAGUAUUGCCGAUGAUAGAUUGGAAAUAGAGAUUGAUGGUCGACGGGGAUGGGCUUCUGAGAAACAUCUCAGAGUGCUUCGUCGGCGAGUUAAAGAUCUUGUGGAUGUAGAAGGGACCACGAACACAGAUUCCCUAUCCAGUGAAGCACUCCGCAAUGGAGGAACGGUAUCUGUUGUUCCCCAAAACCCUGAAGUUUCAUCUACGGUUGGACCGGAAUUUUCCACUGGGACCCCUUCGAAUCACGUUGAUGAAAGCACUAGAGAUGUUAACGUGGAACUGAAACCGACACCUUCUAUGUCCAUGGAACAAGAAACCACUGUUCCGUCUGAUCUUGCACAGUCUUCCACUUCGCUUAACGAACAAGUCGACAAGUUCCUUUCUGCUGAUGACGAAGCUGAGGAGAGCGAACUGGAUGACAACACGUUGAUCGUGACUUCUUUAGAAGCAAGUAGCUUGGCCCCUAGUGCAGUUGUUGGCGAUGCUUCGAGCUAUCAGACUCCUUCCCAUUCGUCGUUGCCUCCGGAAGGUCCAUUAGCUGUACCCAACGGAAUGGGUGCUCCCUCGGAUCCUGCUGGUGUAAAUUCGAAAGAGAAUGGCGAGACAAGUAAUCCACACGGAACCGGCGAUCCCCUGAAUGAGUUAUCAGUUAAUGGGUCACAGGAUAUCGAUGUUAUGUCAAAUGAUACAUUGGUUGAAGCCGCGACGAGAGGAAAUGAGAUUGAUUCCAGCGGUGACAUUCCGGAAAAGCACGCGGAUGAGACGAAGGAAAAUGAUCCGGAUUCAUCUCCGAAUGAUACUGCUGAGAAUUCUUCUGGGAACUAUUCAUCGCAGUAUGUGCCAAUAGAUGACGUAUCAUCUGCUGCUUCGGAUUUUGGUGGUCGUUCUAGAAGUGAUUCUGUGGAAUCAGUCAAAGAAGUAGAACUUGCCGAUUCUGAUCGUCAAAAAGCUGAGGAUAAACCAACGAACGAAAAGGUUGAAGAACCUUUGCAGGAUGAUCCAGAAAGCCCUAGGGAAGCUGGCUCUCUGACUCCUGCAGGAAAUCCGUCUUUUGGGAAUACAGUUGAAGGCAACGAAAAUAUCGGAAAAGAAGGCUUGCCUCCUGAUCCUCAACAAGCUCAAGAUGCACCAUCCAGCGAAAAUGUCGAGGAACAUUCGCACGAUGUUCCGGAAAAUCUUAGCGGGGCUGGCUCUCGAACACCCUCAGCGGAUGUACCUGAGAUCAAGGCAGCCGAACCCAAAGAAAAAAUUGUGUCCGAAGAUCCCAAUAAAGGAGGUGUGGUUCCUGAUGAAGCUGCAUCAUCAAGUGAAGUCGGGGUGAACUCGACUGAACAUGCGGAAGGGACAUCUGGAAUUACUGCAGGAGCGCCUCAUGAAGCUGCCUCUGACGAAGUGACGAGUGAUGCGUCACGUUCUGAAGUCCAUUUUGAUUCUGUUGAUGAAUCCGUGUAUCCCGUGGAAACGGAGAGGAAACCAUCAGCACUUGCAACCGAAAAUCUUGAUGUGUCCAAAAUUCACACGGAGCUUUCGAGUGACGAUGGGUUACCCACCAUUGAAGCACAGUCUCAACCUCAAAGUGGAACAUUUCACUCCCCCGACGCAGGCAAGCUAAAUGGGUCGGUUGAGGCUGGAAUGCCACGUCUUGAAAACAAUGAAUAUAAUUUAGCCGACGCACGAACACAUUCUAAUGAGGAUGAUAAGGAGCAUUUCGAAGAGAGGGAAACUGAUCUGACUGGAAGUCAAGAACAGCGACCCGUUCGAGGCUUCUUGUACUCAACGCGGAGCCCGUUAGAGGCCCGAGAAGACGUUUCAGUCGAGCAAAAUAUCGCAAAACAUAUUUCGACUGAAAGUCUGGGAGACAUUCUUGAUACUCCUUCGAUUUCCGAAGUACCGCAUCAUAAGUUUGACGUGGAACAUGAAGACAGCGAAGUACCUCGCGAACCUCCGCCGCAAACCGAGGGUUUGCUUGCUGAAAUUUUGGACUCUCUCAAAGAAGUUUACGAGAAUUUUAUGGACGCCACGUUGCCUGCGCUAGAAUUCGUGAGGGUCAUAUUGGAACCGCUUUGGCCGCACAUCUAUUCAGUUAUUCCCGUGGAGUACAUGAAUCAUGCCACUGCUAUGGGAUUUCUUGUUUGUCUGUAUGCGAUUGCCACAAGUUUUAUUUACUUCGUCGUCAAGUUUCUGUUCAGGAACAAGAAAGUAGAACAAGAGCUGAUCAUUACGGCCAAUGGUGUGGCGAGUCUCGUGUCGCUUCAAAAUACUUUGAAAGAGGAAAAUUUGGAUCUCUCACAGCAGUUGGACAAAGAGCGUCACUUGCAUAUUCUUUCCGGGUCGAGGAUCCACGAAUUGGAGAGCAAAUUGGACACAACUAAAAAAAGCUUGCGAGAGCUGGAAGUAGCGUUGAAAGAAGAAGUUGCCGAAAAAGAUGUCCUUGCUAAGGAGCUGAUGGAAACUGCGGAAUCAUUAGAAUCCACACAAGCGUUACUGAAUGAUUCAUUGCUGGUGCGACAAGGGAAAUUUUCGGAGGAUGAUGAUGCUCUUCAAGUGCAAUUUGACACGCUGGAGAGAAUGCUUAAUGAUCAAACAUUGAAAGUUGCAUCUUUAAAAGCUGAUUUGGAUUUCGUGCGUGAAGAGAAUGUGAAGCUGAAGGAGCAAUAUUUUGACGCUGAAAGGAUUGCCGUUGAUAGAACUGAGGAAUUGAAUGAAUUGAAGCAAAUGCAUGAAAGCUUAUCGAGGAAAUCGCAGGAACGAGAAGAAAACAUUGAAGCAUUGAAACUUGCGCUUGGCUUCAAUGAAUCGGCGGAAGCUGGAGAAAAUCCAAUACUUUCCUCUUUUCGUGCAAUUCUCAACGGUGAUGGCGACGUCGGGGGCGAAAUGGGUCAUCUCUUCGACGUUGGAAGAGCGAGGCGACAAAUCCGAGAAUUGGAGAAAGAAAAUGAAGAGCUGCAAGUUAAAUUAACAGAGCUUGACGUUCUAAGAGAACUUCUUGUGACCAAGGACUCUGAACUCGAACGGUUGAGUGAAAAAGAAAAAGAGCUUCAAUUUCUCGAAGUAUUUUAUCGUAAGAAGGAAGAAGAAUUGGUUACUGAGAUCAGUCGACUCAAGCAGAAAGAAGAGCGAUUCAUGUCGCACGAGAAAGAAGGGAAGACUAUGGGCGACUAUAUUCACACGCUUGAGGAAAAGCUCAAACUCAUUGAAUCCGAUAAGCAAAACAUCGACGUUCGUGGAAAAGAAAAAUUGAUCGAACUGGAAAAGGAAUUAUGUGAUUGCAAGUCUUGGAUUUCGUAUAAUGGUCUUAAAUCGUGUAAAUCUUUUUCCCAAACGCAGUUCCGUUUACAACAGUCGCAGCGUCGUUUGGACGGUGUGAUAACCGAGAAUAAUGAUCUUCGAAAAAGAGCGGGAUUAUUUCAGCUGAAUUUGAAGUCCAGUCCGUCUGGAAGUCUAAAUGAUGGUGAAGGGGGCGUCAGCCUGCCAUUUGCACCAGAUUUAGUACCACCCAUGCUACCCCCGGGAAUGAUGCCUCCACCGCCGCAUCUGCGGAACAUGAUGAUGCGUCCCCCUCUGCCGCCACCGCUGGGUGCGCCACCCUUGUCAGACCGACUGCCGCCGUUGGGUGAUGGAGGAAGACCAGAUAUCCCAGGACUUUCGGGUCCCUUUUCUAUGUCGCAGCGGCCUCCGUUCUUCAUGGGACCACCGGUAGGGCGUCCGCUGUCGCCACCUCGCAGUACCGAGAGUGGAAGACGAUCACGAAAUCGUUCACCGUCGCCGGGAAAAUUAUCCGACCUGUCGGCGCCACCACGAGGAUUCUACCGUGCAUCAAUGAGGAGACGCUCAAGGUCGAUUUCGCCGAACAGUCGUGGAUCCAUGCGAUCUCCGCCCUACCGACCAAAGAUGGCUUCAAUGGAAUAUCCGGAUGAUCGUUCCAUAGGAUCGACCGGUGGUAACCGUCCUCCGCCGCCACCUCACGCGAGGCGACUGGAUCCGCGGGGUGGUCGUGGUGGACGAUUUUCGGAGAGCCCUUCGCCACCUCCGUCUCCGGGUUACGGAGAUCAGCCCCCACCUGCCCUGCGUGGUCGGGGGCGCCGUGAAGGCGACAAAGGACCCUCAAUGCCACCGCCCUCCGGCGAAGAUCGGCGUCGAAUGGAACGUAGUCCUGCCUACGUGUAACUUGAAUUAUCGGGAUCCGGAUCAUCGAAGAAAGUUGGCCGCGUGAUAGCUCUGUUCAGCCUACCGAAGUUGCGAAGAUCCUGCCAUUUUAGGUUUAUGAUGUCCGAAGCUCUUGAGGAAUUAUUCCCGAAAAUUUGGAAAUAAAUAUUGCACUUCUUUUCUUCGUAUUCUGGGAUUAUAUAUUGUUGCAAUACAGUAAUUCAACAUGUAGAAGUGACUUUUCUCUGAGUGGAAUUGCGGAACGCAGCUGCACGUUCCAAUUGUGCUGAUGAUGUUACUGUCAUGAUCGCAAAUUUUUCAUGAUUGAGGUUGAGCUGUUGCAAUGGCGCAUAUAUUUUUCUCUGGACGUCCUGUUUUUGUUUAUAUCACAUCAUUGCAUAACCGGUUCCAAGUUACUUUACUUGAAAAUCCUAUUUUGGAUGUGAAGGAAAUAUUGGGAACUCUUCGGGGCGGGGUUGUUUCUGAUGAUGUGUAUUAUUAUUUGCGUUAUUGCAAG